ACUUAACGAGGAUCAAUCAGAGAAACACCAAUGGAAACAGGACUAAUAAUCUAAUAUGGGUUUUGAAAAUAAUUCAGGUGAGAGCCCGGGCACUGUAAAGUCUGCGUUUUCUUGAAUGUAACAGAAUCGGGAAUAUUUCAGAACUUCAGAAAUAUAAGUACUUGGUAUCACGCACGCAUCCUGGCAGCUCGCGGUGGAUUACCACAACUCGUCUAGUGCCCACGCAAACCAUCACCACGCCGGACGCAGCUCUUCACACUCAGCAGACCCACUGGCCUCGUGCAUCACGCUGAGGUCAUUCCCCGCCUGGAAGAAAGGAGGUGACAGGAGAAGCAAUGUGGAAGACACGCGUGGUAUUCGUCACUGUUUUCACCUGCGUCUUCCUGACCAGCCAUGCUUCUCAAAUCAAGAGCACAACAAGUAGAAGAGACAUCCAUGAAGAUAACGGAGAUAUUAACCAAGGACAGAGAAAAGUAAGGAUCGAUAUCUGUGCUGAACCCAAUCGUGUAACCUUCAGGCCGAGUCACCUUGAUCUCAGUAAGGACCAGUUUAGAUACAAGUUAGACUUCCUGGCGUGUGAUAAUGACACAAAAUUCAGUAACUGGCAAGACGCAAAGUUAAACAGGCUAGCCAUGAAAAUUCUGGCACGCACCUUACACCAAUACGACUUUCCAAAUACGAGAAAAGACCACUGGCAAAAUAAUAGCAAGAAAUUCUACAGUCACCCCUGCUACAGAACCUGAAGCUAGGGUGAGAAGUCUUCAGUGUGAUUCCAGAAGAUGCACAGCUACCGUGGAAAACAAUUGCGUUAAAUAUAAUGGUUACAAUAUGAAAGUGCAAUUCAUUCUGAAGCCAUCGAGUAAGAAAGUCAAGAAUCCCCUCGUUAAAUACGGUGCCGUCAAUUCUGAGGGAAGAGCAACGAUAGCAUUAAAAGAUCUGCUGCCCUUUACGAACUACACCGUAACCGCCAACCCUGCCAACGACGUGGGCGCCGCCACCGACCCCUCCCUCUCCAAAGAAACCUCCUUCAUCGCAAUUUCCCAAUGCUAUUGGAAUCCAAGGACUAGGGCAGAGAUCGACGCAAAAACAACCCUGCGCUUCACUUGGAACGGACUUCGGAGUAACAAUGACAACCCUGGUUACUACACACUCAUAUUCUUGGAUGGAGGAGACAAGAGCACUGUAAAAAAUGUCACCGAUACUGAAAUCAAAGUAUGUCAAAGGUCUUACCCACUGACGUACAAACGCAAACUCCUCGCGUGAUUACAGAAUCACAUUGUGAAACGUUUCGGCGUCUCAGCUCGACUCUUACUAGGCAUCACUGGCAAUUGCUAAAGUGAUUUUGAUUCUAAUGAUAGUCUAACAAGAAUUUUGUACUACUGAUGAACAAAACACCCAUGAGAACCCGGCGCAUUAUCUCUAUGGCUUUUGAAAACAGUCUUUAUGAGAAACCAAACGCAUUUCAGAAAAGGGACCUUGACAUGCCUGGCGGUGCAAGAUCUACAGGCUAUAAAGAUCUGUGUUCAGAAACGCCUUGCUCUCUCACCACGACUAUUCUCAAAAGCCACAGAGAUGAUUUGCUUGAUUCAAAAGCGAGAGAAUAAAUAGAUAGAUAAAAAUCGGCCUUAAAAAACUCACGUAACUUCACCUAUAUACAGCCUUUUGAAUGUAGCGGAGGUGUGGCGCAGAAGUGUUUCAUAAUAUUGCCCUUAACUUCACCUCUUCUCCCGCCGCUGUUUGCUCACCUGACUCCAGGCAAAAAGUACACGUUAGAAGUGAAGGAGUGCUUUACAACAGCGCACUGUGACAUACUGACGACACUUGAAGAAUGGACGGAACCAGAGAAGCCACGAGUGCUGGAAAAGACAGAACUCCAGACGACAACAGACACCACCAUCACCAUCCAGCUGCCCGUCCUGCAGAACCCUCCAGGAAUGCACUGGAUAUUGUUGAAGAAAUACAGCGGCGGCGGCGACGAAUACCACACAAGGAAGCAAGACACUGAGAAGAAAGCACUGGUAAUGGUUCGCACGGAAAGGGAGAAGGAAAGGAAGGAGGCGCAGGCAAAGAGGAGGAAUCGUCGUUCCGCUGAUCCAGGCCAAAACGAUCACUCGUUGCAAAUUGUGGCAAAGAUGGAGGUGUGGAGGAAAAGGACCCCGAGGAGUUAGUGGUGGUGGGAGGCGACUGGAAUGGAGGGAAGGGUCUGGAAAUCGACACUGAGUACAUUGUUUUCAUAGUGACGGAGACCAGAGCAGGUCCCUACAGUGAAUACUUCUCGUGCAAGCCAAGGAUUAUGAGGACAGCGAAUCGCCCUAAAGAGCCCGCUACUUAGGGGGUGACCGUGGCCCUGUGUUCUGCUGCGCUCUUCCUCAUUUGCUUCAUUGCACCACUGGUGGAAGCAGCUUCCGUAGAAGAGUCAUUGUAACCCAGUCAACAAGGAAGGUAAGGCAUGAAGACAGGAUCAUGCGGACCAUAACUAAGGCCAGCAUUCAGAGACCCUUUGUUCUCUCACCACAGCGACUGAGGUGCUGUCAAAGAAGACUACGAUAUGUUAAGACAAGUAGAAUCUACCUGCCAGGUACUAUAUAAUGGUUUAGGGAAUAGACCUUCUGUAUUAGAUAGCUAGUAUAAUCAAUAAUUUUGCUCUGUAUUGAUAUCUCUGUUUCCUUAUUCUUGAAAUAAUGAAUAAAAUGCUCAGCAAGCUA